AGAAGUGUGCCGCCUUUAGGAGAAGGAUCAAGUAGCCUUUGGUGGGUGCGCAGAAUCAUUAAAGAUUUAACAAAAGGAAAAUAGGAUAUGCAGCUUUCUCUGUAAUGUGUUUCUAAAAAUUAAAAAAUAACUUGCUGAAACAAAAUGGAAGGAUCACUGGAAGAAGAGGACGACAGCUUUACCAACAUUUCCUUGACUGAUGACUCAGGACACAUCACUGACAUACAGGAUUCAAGAGUGGAUAAGAUAUUUUCAACAAUGAUGAAUUCAGAUAUGGAUGCUGUUGAGGCUGAAAAUCAAGUGGAAUUGGAAGAAAAAACACGGCUUAUUAAUCAGGUUUUGGAACUGCAGCAUACACUUGAAGAUCUAUCUGCAAGAGUAGAUGCUGUUAAAGAAGAAAACCUGAAACUGAAAUCAGAAAAUCAAGUUCUUGGACAAUAUAUAGAAAAUCUAAUGUCUGCUUCUAGUGUUUUUCAGACUACUGACACAAAAAGCAAGCGGAAGUGAGGCAUUGAUAACCAAACUGCCAUGUUGUAUUGCUGCUGCUUUUGUUUAAUUUUAAAUUGCGUAAGGCUACAUGACUUAAUAUUCUAGUUUGUAGCAUCAUUGAAUAUUUGAAAAUUUUAAUGGCAAUUCUAGAUAUUUUAAACUUUUUAAUGAACAACUGGACAGUGCAAGUCUGUCGUGUUAGCUUCCUGCAAUGUGCAAAGAUAAUGUAGAGAAAAUAUUUUACAGUCUGAAGCCAAGUGCUUUUGAAAUUAAACAUCAGUUUUUAUGUUUAAGAUGUCAUACAUUGCCAGGUACUUUAAAUAUCAAAAUUUUUACAGUGAUAUUAGCAAAAUAAUAGUGUUGUAUAAAGUGGUGUAGAAAUCCAUGUUUGGAAUGAAUUGUUUGCAUGACUUUUCCUAGGCUUCUAAACCUCUUUCUUUCCAUCCCUCUUGAUAUUCAGAAUUAUUCCAGAUAAAGGGAAAUAGCAUUUUUUCUGUUAAUACUUCAAAGCAAGUUGAAGACUUUAUACUGUAGUAUGGUGUGAUUGCUUGCAAGAGUGUAAAGUGGGGAAAACAUUGCAUAACUUGACACAACUCUUUAGAACUGAUAAAUUAUAACUUUAAAGCCUGUUUCAAAGUACAAGGAAUUCAAAGGGGACUUAUUGGGCCUUUUGCAAUGCUGCAAUCUUUUAAACGUCCUCUCCAAAAUUUUUAACAGGUUAGUUGCAUGGCAGGUAUCAUGGUCAUUAAUACACAACCUUAACCAAUAAUCUUUUGAACAGAUGAAUUUUUACUGAAAAUGAACUCAUUUAGCUGCCACAUGUAUUUUAAUUUUUAGGACCAUAAUAAAGUUGCACAUUUCAAAGCAUGAACAGAGAUAUACUUCUAUAAAGAGAAAUUAGCAAUUUUCCCCAGCCUACCUGAUAUUAUUCAGUUAGUAUAGCCUCAACAAGAUUUAUGGGAUAUGCCAGCAGUUAGGGAUAAGGAAUCAAACUGAUUUUAUGCAUGUAUAAUUGCAGCCUCAUAUUGUUGAAUAUACGUAGGUUCUAAAGUAGAUAAAGCACGACUACUUUGAAUUUUUUUAUAAAAGGCUCUGUGGAGAGACAUUUCAUUUUGCAGUUUAGUUGAUCGGACUAUGUGAAGUUCAGUUACUCCUAGCUUUGUUUUGGGAUCAUUCAGGAAGAACUUCCUUAAAUUGAUUUAAAGGGUUUGUGUGAGAUUUGAUUUUGUGCUUCUCCUUAUGGGUAGGUUACUGAAUAUGUUUUUGAAACUACUUGUCCAGUUGAGGUCAGAGAGAUUACUGCAAAACAGUAUUACCAUUUUCAGUAUUAACUGAACAUUGUAUAAGAAGCUAAGAUGUCCUUGGGUUAUGGCUGUUACUGGUAAAAAAAAGCUUAACUCUGUCAAUAGAAGUAGGAUAAUCACCCUCUGACACACUGGUUGAUAAGAUUACUGGUAAAUGAGAGUUUUCUCCAUCAUUGCAGGGAUUUAGGUGGUAAUAAUGAGAAAGAGCAUCGAGGCAAGAUUAAUUUUUAAAAGGCCAGUCUAAUGACCAUGGCAGGAAAGUGGUUUUCCACUUGUAUGUAUCUAGUAAACUGUUUCCACACUAACUUGUUGCCAAAGAGCCUUUGUGUGUCUUGUCAUAAAGACUGUUUUGGAAAGGAUUAUGGGCCAUGAUUAUAGUAUAUACUUUGUGAGACAAAGAUUACUGACUGGUGCCUUGUCCCAGUGAACACUCCUGCUGAAGUGGGGUGUGUGCUAUGAAUGACAUGCAGAAAUAGUCAGAGCUAGGCAAGCUGUCUUCUACUAAUGAAGCCUGUCCACUUUACUGUGGAAGAACUCCCACUGUCUGUCAGAACAGCAGUGAGAAACCUUUGGCCCUCCAGACAUUUUCAUUUCUAACUUUCAUAAUGGCAAUACCCAUUAGUCAUGCUGGCUGGAAUUUCUAGCACUUGCAGUCCAAAACAUCUGGCAGGCCAGUUAUGCUCUAGUACUGCAUUCAUUUCAAAAACCCACUGCUCUCUAGUCCUGCUUAUAUGAACUCUUUCAGGUGUGUGCCUGGUGCUGGUUAAUCUUGUCAAAAUAGCUAGUUCUACUAGUGAAAUUUGGAAACUGAUGUGGAUGUAAUUUUUUGAGUUGGAGACCAGUUCUGUUAGUGCAGGUAGUCUAGGGACAGCUAUACAAUGUGCUAUUGUUAGCUUAAUAAAGGCAUUAGCAUUUUUCCUAUUGCCAGCAUGUUUACUUCUGCUUUCUUUUGUUGAUAUUUCAGAAGUUUUCAUUAACUGUUGGAUGAUUCCCCUCCCCCCAACUCUUCAGAAUAAUAUGGAUUCUGACAAUUGUAUUUCUGCAAGUCCAGAAAACAAUGAUGGAAAUGCAUGACAUACACCCACAUGUAUUUUGUAGGAACUACUUCCUGCAUUUCAGAUUUAACAUUAAAUCAUGCAAAUAGCAGUAUGUGAAACUGCCAUCUAAAUAUGAUUGGGUAGAUAAUUCUUGAUGUCCUAGAAAUUUAUUAUUGUGUAUAUCCCACUCUUGUGGCCUUUGUUUAACUUAUAAUUGUGCUGUUACUGCAGAAUUUACACUAAAUAAAAGCAUUCACCUUUC